CGCGCUGGCUGCAUAAAGAGCCCUCGGCUGCGGCUCAGCGCAGAGCUCUGGUGCCGAGUCCUUCUCAGCAGCGGAGCCGGCCCUGCCGCGACAGACUGACGCGCCCUUAGCUCCGCACCGAUCCCGGACGCAACUGGGACAGACGCGGACCCAGGCCACCCAGGCACCGCCGGCAGCUAGCAACCUCCGUCUGCCCCAAGAGGACUUUGCCGCCUGUCCGGAGCGCCCUGCCACCUGCAGCAGAUGGAGCUGGACCACAUGACAAGCGGCGGGCUCCAUGCCUACCCGGGGCUGCGGGGCGGGCAGGUGGCCAAGCCCAACGUGAUCCUGCAGAUCGGUAAGUGCCGGGCCGAGAUGCUGGAGCAUGUGCGGAGGACCCACCGGCACCUGCUGACCGAGGUGUCCAAGCAAGUGGAGCGUGAGCUGAAGGGGCUGCACAGGUCGGUGGGCAAGCUGGAGAACAACCUGGACGGCUAUGUGCCCACCAGCGACUCGCAGCGCUGGAAGAAGUCCAUCAAGGCCUGCCUGUGCCGCUGCCAGGAGACCAUCGCCAACCUGGAGCGCUGGGUGAAGCGGGAGAUGCACGUGUGGCGGGAGGUGUUCUACCGCCUGGAGCGCUGGGCCGACCGCCUGGAAUCCAUGGGCGGCAAGUACCCUGUGGGCAGCGAGCCAGCCCGCCACACCGUCUCCGUGGGUGUGGGGGGUCCUGAGAGCUACUGCCAGGAGGCUGAUGGCUAUGACUACAGCGUUAGCCCCUACGCCAUCACCCCGCCACCAGCUGCCGGCGAACUGCCAGGGCAGGAGCCAGCCGAGGCCCAGCAGUACCAACCGUGGGGGCCAGGUGAGGAUGGGCAGCCGAGCCCUGGUGUGGACACGCAGAUCUUCGAGGACCCUCGAGAGUUCCUGAGCCACCUGGAAGAAUACUUGCGACAGGUAGGUGGCUCUGAAGAGUACUGGCUGUCACAGAUCCAGAACCACAUGAACGGGCCAGCCAAGAAGUGGUGGGAGUUCAAGCAGGGCUCGGUGAAGAAUUGGGUGGAGUUCAAGAAGGAGUUCCUGCAGUACAGCGAGGGCACACUCUCCCGGGAGGCUAUCCAGCGUGAGCUGGACCUGCCGCAGAAGCAGGGUGAGCCACUGGACCAGUUCCUGUGGCGCAAGCGGGACCUGUACCAGACCCUGUACGUGGACGCUGAUGAGGAGGAGAUCAUCCAGUAUGUGGUGGGCACCCUGCAGCCCAAGCUCAAGCGCUUUCUGCGCCACCCACUGCCCAAGACCCUGGAGCAGCUCAUUCAGAGGGGCAUGGAGGUGCAGGGUGGCUUGGAGCAGGCGGCCGAGCCGGCUGGCCCUCAUGUCCCCACUGAGGACGAGUCUGAGGCUGUCACGCCUGCCCUCACCAAUGAUUCUGUAGCCAGUGACCGGACCCAGCCCGAAUAGAGGGCGGCCGGAGCCCCCAGCCUGCCCGCCACACCAGCCUGUGGCCUUUGCCAGCCGGGACUUUUGAGCUGGGGCUGAUUCCUGCAGGGGAAGCUCUUGUCCUGCUGGGUGCCCUGCUCGGCCUCCCAGCCCGACUCUGACUCUCACACACAUGCCAUCCAGAUGCGGGCAGUGCCCCAAACAGCAAAGGAGCCCCUUUCCCCUGCAGGGCUCUGCCCCUCUCCCUCCCCUCCGUCUGUCUUUUCAGUCCUGGCCCACCCUCCACACUCAGACCACGACAGAACAUCCCCAGCUUCCUCAUUCUGCUUCAAUGCCUGGGCCCUCUGGACACUCAGAAAACCAAGUGUCUGGACGGCUGUGGCUAGUGGGCACUAUGCUCUGGGCACUAUGCUCUGGGCACUAUGCUCUGGGCACUAUGCUCUGGGACACCCCAGAGCGGAAGCUAAGGCAUAACCAGUGCCCAGGGAACCUCAGUUUCCGGCACUGUCACCCUCUCCUGGCAUCACCAGAGCCAGCCAGCGCCCUCCCUGCCUGCCAGGGCAGCUGGCUAGCCCCGGGCAGCCUGGCUCCCUCCUCCCUGGAGAGCCAAAGCCGCAUAUGCAGCAGCAGCAGCAGCAGCAGCAGCAGCAGCAGCAGCAGCAGCAGCAGCAGCCCGGACGUCCUGGUGCCUCCUGGCCCUCAGCACCAGUGAUUCAUGCCAGCCUGGAGAAGGAGCAGAGAUUGGCUUGAUGACUCACCGUGGCAGGCAGAGGGUCCCAGAGGGGCUGAGUCCUCAAAUCCGGCUGAGGCAGCAGCCGGCACCCUCAGCACCCUCGGAGCCAGGAGAGUGACAACAGGUUUCAAGACUCCCACAAAGUCUUUGCUGCUGUGUCUGGCACUGCCACUGCCCUCUCAUCUUGCAAACUGUCUGCACAGAAGUCCCAGGACAGCUGAGAGAGGGAGGCUGCAGACAAGAAGCAGCUGUGGCCGAGGCAGCAUCCCCAGCUCAGCCCCGAGAGCUGGUGGUGAAGACAGGCCAGCACGAGGGCCAGGGCCUGCCGCUAUGCCCGCCCUGCUGGCCGCCAGCUGCCCGCCCCAAGAGCCACUGCAGCAGGAGUCGGAGGGCAGCUACUCUGAGCCAUACCUCCCUCCAGCAUGGGAACCCCUGCCCACUGCGUGGCCAUUGUCUCUGCCAGAGCUCUCCAAGAGCCUUGAGCCUGGGGCCACUGCCCCUGCUCUUGCCCACGGCCUAAGCCCUGCCUAGGAGGUCCCAGAAGCUUUUGCUCCUGGGCGAUUCCAGGUACUCUGCCCAGGCUGGACCCCCACACCUGCCCCAGCACCAACACCCUGGUGCGGGCCACUUGUGUCUGCAGCCCAGCAGGCCCUGCUUGGGGGUUCCUCUUUCUGCCUUGUCCACUGGGGUUUCCAGAGUCUGGGGAAGCAACUCUGUAGACGACUCCAACAGAUCCUCCACCCUGUGCCCUUGCCAGCCCCCCACCCUCCAGAUUUUAUUUUUGACAUAAACCAUAACCCAUACUCAUAGGCAUAGGCUGCAGGGAAGCCCUAGGGACCUGGGGAGACCCUGGGGACCUCAAGAGGGUGUGGCCAACUCUCCCCCCACCAAGAUCAGACCUUGACUGUCUAGCCAGGCUGUGUGUACCCCUGCUAUCUUUCCCUGAAGACGGACUCUUUUUGUAAGAUUUUGUUAAUAAAACACUGAAACUUC